AUGGCGAAACGAACACCAACGCAAGAAGAAAUCGCGCUGUUGAUCAAGCAAAAGGAGGCUGGAGAACAAGCAGAACGUCUGUUACGGGAGUUGGGAAUCACUACCGACAAUGCUCGAACGUCGUCUCCAAGUGGAAUCUCGCAGUCGCCGUCGUUGCAGCCUGGCCAUCCUGCUCCCCAUGGCCAGCAGACAGCAAUGGCUCAGGCUUCCGUAACGAACCAGGCAAGCGUUUUCACUCCACCGAUGCGCGCCAUGGUUCCACACUUUCACCAACACUCCGUCCAACCUAACGCUGUCCAAACCAAUGUCAAUUCGUCCUCGAUUGCAGAAGCGUUCAAGAACAACGCACAGACUGCCCAUAUGAACAGGCUGAGGUUGAUGCAACUGCAGAACCAGUUCAAGGCGCAGGCGAACUUCGGCGGCCCUCACGCGCACCAGAAUCAACGUCCGCAAUCUGCGGGUCCUGUCGACCUGCCUCAAACAAUCCGUGUUCCUGAAGCAUCGGCGCGACCAGCAACUGUCUCUACAAACCAACCAACUCUGUCUUCCAAUGCCUUCGGACACCCAAAUCAAUCGACAGCGCCUCUACUGCCUCAAGCUGCGUCAAACCAACAGACCUCAGUACCAGCGGCAAAUGCCACGACCCGAUUACCCCUCCCAUUCGCGUUCCAGAGGGCCUACUCGCGCACUGGCCCGACUACUGUGCCGUACGGCAGUGUUCUCACCUCUGGAUCUCAACACGCACCGCAGCAUCCCGGACCAAACCCUUCUGCGACCUUCACGCUGCGGUUCACAGGUCUUUCCAAGACCCCACCUUUACAUUUACCCCGACUGAACGACUUUCAGCUAAACGACAUGAAACGUCGAAUUGCCGAAUGGAAGCAAGGUCUGAUCAAUCGAAAUAUCAACGAAGCUUACUUUGACUUUUACGAAGCAUUUGGCUACAAUCGCGGUUGGAGAGUCUGCACAAAUGUAAGCGGGACCUUCAUCCAGGACGAAAAUCAGACAGAGAGGAUCCCGGUCGAGUCGCUAUAUCGCUCUUUGGAGAAGAAUAAACUUCCUCCGGCUGUCGGAGCCUCCACUCAUGUAGGGGCAGCACCCGUACAGUCGACCAGCACGCCCUCACCAAGCAUGUCUACUACCAGUAUAUCCACCCGGUCGCCUCGAGAGGCGAAUAAGAAGAGCCUUGCUAAGGACUUGCUUAACGCCCUCGGAAAACGCGCCCGCACGGGUGGGGAAAGUGUUUCGGCGCCUGCUGCAAAGCGAAUGGCCACUGGGGUGAACGGGGAACCAUCUACACCCUGCGAUAUACGGGCGAUCUCUCCGACCCAGCAUGGCGAAUCGCCUCAACUGUUGUCUAAACCCUCGGGGGCCUCCAUACCACCCACAUCGGUCGACGACCUCCCACCACAGGAAGCACCCACGUCCCAUGGGGAUGUACUACCACAAGUGUUGCAAGCUAUUCCCCCAACAGAACAGAAGGGUACUGCAGUUUUCCCAGAAAACAAUGUACCUAUCACGCUGUCGUCCUCCGCAACGUCACCCGUCAACCACUUUCCCAGUCCCGAAGUCCCGCCUAUUGUCUCGCUACCCGAGCCCGACUCGACUCCACCUCCAGAAUCACGCCCUUCAGCCCCAAUGGUUCGCAGCACGCCCGUGGUCGCACCCUCUUCCCGCUCUUCGUCGCACAAGUCGCAUAAGGACGAUCCCUCAGCUCACUCUGUCGCCCACAGCACGCCACCUCCUCAGCCACCUCCGACGUCUGACGAAGAGGAACCCUUAUUCUUGCCAUCGACGUCUGCACCAUCAUCUCCCGUCACUACGCCAUUUAGGGAACUCCCCGGCAAUGAUGACGGAGGUGUGCAACUGGCCUCCAAACGGAAGCCACGGGGAGGUGGCAAGAGUCAGGUGUAUGUGCUGAUACCGCCAGCCCCAUCGCAUAUUCGGCGAGAUGUAAAAGCGUUGAGGAAGCAAGCAAAGAGGCGCGCUGAGAAGGGCAAGGGGAGGGAGGUCGUGGCCAUUAUUGAUAUCGUCGAAUCAGACGCAGAGGAUGACGAACUGAGUGACGAAGGCUACGACUACUCGUACGAUGCCCAAGGCAAUCGGAUAGAGGAUCAAGCAGACCGAGAUUUGCUGAAGGUUGCGUCAACCCGGCUCCAAGCCAUUCCUUGCGGAUGGGAUAGUUGUGAAGUAGUCAUGAACUCAGUUGCAAGCCUUUUGGAACAUCUUGAACGCCAUCAUAGACCACCAAACUUGACGAAGGGACAAACAUUCCCAUGCCAUUGGACUCGUUGUGGCAGACAGUGCAAGAAAGGCGAUCGACACUUGCUAAAACACGCGUUCGACCAUCUGGUCUGUCCUAUCGAAGGGUGUGAUGAGAGCUUUCGGACCGUAAGGGCCCUGCAACGACAUUGCGACUGUGACCACGGGAAGGACGAUAGCUUUAAGCGUCGUUGGAAUCCCACACAGCCGAAUGAUGCCCGUCUUAAAGAAUUAGAGCCUCCACCGUGCCCUGGGAUCCUUCCCGCAUAUCGGGUAGAGCCUUUGAUUGUUCGACCCGCACCGAUUCCGGAGGAAGAGCAUCGAUGGAGGGCACCAGAGGUGAAACGGAUUAUCACUGGGUUGGAGAAGCCUCGGCAACACAAGACACGGAGCAUCAGAGUUCGCGUUGAGCAUCAAGAUGACGAUUCUGUUCAAGUGCCGGUCUAUCGCUACGAAUAUCUUACAGACUAUCCCAAGCGAUAUGGGUACCCGCAGUCAGAACCUGCCGAAGGCUUCAAGUUCGAUCCACUUCCUACGGAGGAGGUCUUGGAGGACAUCAGACACGGUUUGGUCAUCUUGGAUAACCGUCCUGAAUCACCUCGUCCUCCUCCGUCAACAGGUUCGAGCUUGGACCGAGAGAUGUCCCCGGAGAUUCCACCCCCUCUUCCCUUUAGGGCAGUGAAUGCAGGUACUGCUGCCAGUGGGAAUGGAGGCGAGCAUCAAGAGGCAAGAGAACUAACAAGCGCCAGUGAUGAUGAAAGCGCUGUGGCUUUCUUACUGUCCACUCCAUAG